UAUCGAGGACGCGUUGCUAUGCGCCGCCAUGACAGAUGACACAAUGGAGGCGGCGGCGCCGUGUACGUCUCGCCCACACUUAUCAAGUUAUGCGGAAAAACUUCAGAUUGAAGACCCCCUAGCUUAUGGACGCUACAUUCGCAAGAUCACAGACAUAGGGGAGGAUCCCUUCAUACAUAUCAACAAAGGUUCAAAGACAAGCGGCUACAGUACACAUUGGCGAGAUCUUCCCGAAGUAACCUACAGGGACAUAAUUUUCUACCUUGUGGAAACCCAUAGUUUUUAUACCAUCCAGCAAAUGAGAGCGUACAAGGGAACCGAUGCUUAUCGUUUUGUAUACAGUGGAUGGGUAACGACUGUUCGAUCAAAGAAAUGUGAUGACAGUAAAAUUAUUGUCACAGGUAAAGUUCGCCAUUCACAGCAGCCCUCAAAAACACCUUGCUACUCCUGGGUGUGUACAACAGCGGAUGGGAUUGUGUUGUACGGACACUGCACAUGUAAAGCAGGUUUAGGAGAAGUAUGCAGUCACAUUGCAGCUCUUCUCUUUUACAUUGAUGAAACUGUAUUCCAUAAUACCAAUGCUACAACAAACCAGGAGUGUUGCACCUCAAGGCUGUGCCAGUGGAUUGUUCCAAAGCAGCUGGACAAACUUGAGUUGAAAAUGGUGAAGGAUAUGGACUUCAGUAAUCCCAAAUCAAGGCAUUCACAGUUAAAAGAGAGAUGUGCAACACCAAGAAAAGAAGUGAAACAGCCCACAGAAGAAGAACAGUCGCAGUUCUUCAGAAGUAUUGCUGCUUGCAAUCAGACGUCAAAAGUUAAAUGCAAACCAGCCAUCCUUAGCCUGCAGGACGAGUUUGCUGAGGAGUACAUGCCAAAGACGGAUUCCCUCCCUCAAAAUCUUCUUCAGCUUAGACAGUCGGACAAGUUGCAGACUAGUCUCGUCAGUCUCCAGGAUGAGGCAGCGGAAAUCAUGACAACAUUGAGGGUUACACCAGCUCAGGCUACAAACCUUCAAUGUAGCACAUGCGAACAAACUCAAUCCAAGCUGUGGCACACUCACAGAGCGGGAAGAGUCACUGCCAGCAACAUGCAUGCAGCUACGCAUACAUCGGUUGACAAACCCAGUACAAGUCUUGUCAAACGUAUCUGUUAUCCUCAUACCUUGCAGUUUUCAUCCGAUGCAACAGACUGGGGGAAGAACAAGGAAAAGGAGGCUCGAAACAUGUACAAGGAACAUCUCAAGAGUGAACACAUCCAUGUUAAUGUUUCAGACUGUGGAUUAUUUAUCCAUCCAGACUUUCCACACCUAGGAGCAACCCCAGAUGGCAUUGUCGAGUGCGAGUGCUGUGGUAUUGGGGUUUGUGAAGUAAAAUGUCCGUAUACUUGUAAAAACAAUACAAUAUCAAGUGGGGUUGUGAAAUGUCUGCAACGAGCUGAAUCUGGUGAUCUUUGCAUUGACAAACGUCAUCCAUACUACUAUCAAAUCCAAUGUCAGAUUUUCCUGACGGAGGCGAAGUACUGUGAUUUCAUUGUGUGGACUAACAAGGAUCUUCAUAUUGAACGGGUUUAUCCAGAUAUACCAUUUUGGAAUGAUGUAGUAGUGAAGGCCACAUCUUUGUUCAAGAAGGUUUUGUUACCAGAGCUGAUUGGUGCAUACUGGACAAGGUCAGCACAUCCUGAGGAAUGAAACGACAAUGUGACUUAGGAUUUGCACUGCACUAGUAGUGUAUAGUAAUUGGGGAUGCAUGCCAAUCAGUUUAUGUUAACUUAACAACAUGCAUCAAUUUGAGCCAUUUGAGUUAAGAGAUUUUAUCCUCAUGUGCCUCAU